AUGGGUUCUUUUUUUUCAAGUUUGUCCUCUUAAAAACCAAAAAUGGAAGAAAAAUAAGUUACCUUGAAUAAUAAAAAAGAAUAACUGUAAACUAAUGAUGCGUUUAUCUCAAUGAGACCGACACAAUCCAUAGGAGAGCAUAUUAUAUAAGAUGGAGAGUUCUCAUUCAAUGAAGAGUAAUGCAAAGGAUAAUCUUCAAAAAUGAUAAAAGGAUAGAUUAAUGCAACUAUCUGCCAAUCUCAGGAGGCUAUAAUUAUAGAUUAAUCGGGUAAGUUGAAUAGACACUUUAAUGAUAGCAAGCAUAAAAUCUUUUGUUAUGAAUGCAAUUAAAUAAUAGAUGAAAUUCUUAUUAAAAUCAUUUGUUAGCAUACAUUUCAUUAGAAUUGUUUUAUAUCAAUUAUUGAGAACUAAUUGUAAUAAAAAGAUAAAUUCAUAAUUAAAUGCAAAUGUGGAACCAAAUUAAACUCAAAUAUAUUAAGAUAAAUUGUAGACGUUGAUAUUAGAUCUAAGUUACUUUACUAAAUGUUUUCUGUUCAGGUAUUAAAGAUAUUAAUGAAUUCCAACAUCAGAAGAUAUUGUGAUAUACAAUAAAUUUAACAGAUCAUGGAGUCGAAUACAAAGUAAGAGGACUAUGACUUUGAUUAUGCAGAAAAAAAGGUUGAAUUAAAAAAAAAUAUUAUUGAAUAUUAAUUAGAUUAAAGUGGUAUUUUACACCUUAGUCAAUAAAAGCUAUUUAUUAUUAGUGUCUGUUUGUUUUGUGGAAAUGAGAUAACCUCAAAUUUACUAAAGUUAAAUUGUGGGCAUAUUUAUCAUUAGGACUGCUUUAUAAAUUGGCUAUAAUUUUAAAUUAAAAAUAAAAAGAGUUCAAUCAUAAAAUGCAGGUGUGGAACCAAAAUGAAUACAAAUAUAAUCAGGAGAAUUCCAGAAAGCAAAAUUAGACUGAAAUUGUUGAACUAAUUAUUUUCCGAAUAAUUAGUUGUACUACUGCCAAAUUUAAGAAAAAUCAAUGAUUUUGAUUAAAUCUACGAAAUAUUCAAGAGUAAUCAAUAUACAGAGGAUCAAGAUUAUGUUAGUUCAUCAGGGUUUUUAUAUUUCAGUAAUUACUCUACACCAGGAGGAGAUUGA